AUGUGCCUCGGCGUGGCGCUCGGCUCGACCUACCUCUCCGACAACGUCACCUCCCUCAAAGAGUCGCUCGCGCCGAUCGGUACCCUCGUCUCUGUGAGCGUGCUGCUUCUCGUCUCGGGCCUCAACAUCGCCACCGCGCGGCGCCUGUACCACGACUACCACGAGAGGCGGGCCACGGGCGAGCACAGGCACUACAGCGCCUUCGGCGCAACCUUCUUCACCCACACGCACGCCGUCGAGGUUGACGAGUUCGCCGAGGUGAAGCCGAGUGGAGCGACGUCCGGCCUCCUCGCGCGGUGCUGCCCAGGCAUCUUCCGCGGCAUCACGGCGGAGUGGCACAUGUACCCUGUCGGCCUGCUCUUCGGCCUCGGCUUCGACACCGCCUCGGAGAUCGCCCUGCUCGGCCUCACCGCGAUGUCGUCAGACUCGGGCGUGCCUCCGCUGCUCACCCUGCUGCUGCCGCUGCUCUUCGCGUGCGCGAUGUCGCUCGUCGACACUCUCGACGGAAUGAUGAUGCUUUUCAUGUACCGGUGGGCGGGCGGCGACCCGGCGCGCCGCCUCUUCUUCAACCUCUUCCUCACCGCCCUCUCCGCCGCCAUCGCGCUCGUGGUGGCCGCAGUCGAGCUGCUCGGCCAGGUGCAGGACAAGCUUCACCUCGCCGGACCCUUCUGGGACGGCGUCAAGAGCGUCAACGACCACUUCGAGUAUGUUGGCUACUCAAUCAUUGCGCUGUUUGUCCUCUCAAUGCUCGCACUGGCGACGGGCGCGGCGAAGGCGAGGGAGAUCGACGUUUGA